AUGGAAGAACGUCAACGACAAAAGCGUCGUCUUUCAUCAGCUAACAUUCGAACAAAUGAUACAUCAAUGAUGGUAAUGGUAACAUCUAAAAGUAAUCAUAAGCUACAUUGUUAUAAAGGACCGUUAUAUUUUACAUCACCGGAAGAUCCGGAUCGAAUAUCACCAACAACAGCUUCUGGAUCAACUGUUACAACAGUUGUAACAUCACAAUAUAAUGAAAGUUCUUCGGAAGAUGUUAAUCAAUCACCGUACAAUUCAUCAGCUACAACAUUUGUCCCAAAUAGUACAAGUGCGACAUUUGAACCAAACGAUGAAGCAUUAGUGGAACCAUGGAAAGAUGAAAUUGAAGAAAAUAUUUUACCAUUUAAGUUUAUUACUUAA